AGUUGUUUUCCAUCUUCACAUCAAAGCCAAGUGCCUCACACACCAAUUUCACUCUCCCCAACCACCACCUCCAUGUCCAAGCCGACCCGCGAGGUGAUCGUCCGUGUGGAGCCGAAGAGCUUUUUCGCGAACGAGCGGACCUUACUGGAUUGGUGCGCGAUCUCCACCGUCCUUGGUUCCGUCAGUGUCACUUUAAUGUGCCACGUGUCGCGGAACUACCAGAUUGCCGGCCGCUGUUUGAUGUGUCUUGUGUUGCUCUUUCUCGGCUUUUCCCUCUACGAUUACCGCUACCGGACCUGGGUGUUGCUGGAAAAGGCGCAGGACUGGCACUUCAUCAAGCAGUAUAAACCAUUAUUACUCGUCGCGCUGCUCUCCGCGUUACUCGUUGCGUCCGUGUGCGUAAACGACGCCGCCGAUGUUCACCCGUAGGCUGGUUGGAUCUACUACCGCAAGAACGCUUCUUGCAUCGUCAGGGAGAAGAAGUGUCGCGACAUCAGCGAAAACUCCUGCACCGUUGUUCUUCCUCCGUCGCCACCCGAAGAAACUUAUCUUUUCUGGAAUCACCACCUUCCUUGCCGUCCAAGAAUACGCCCGGGCGCGCGCCCGAGCGGAGGCGCGGGAGCGGUUCUACGAUGCGUGUAACGAAUUCAAGGACAAGAAGCAGGAUUUGCGGCGAAAGAGCAGGAGGGAUUUGGAUCAAAUCGCCCCGACGACACGUUUAGGGAAAAUAGCCUACGCGUUUUUGGAAUGGGCAAGGCAGGUUUUUCGCGGCUUGCAGUUGUUCAUCGUUUUCCUCCCCGCACUUCUAACCGCGGUGCCGUGCUUGGUUCUGGCGCCAUUAUUCGACAUUGACAACCUCGAUAGAGUAGAGCAACCCCUUUCCACCAAAGCCGAGGAGGUUUGGCUGGAUGUCCUCACGAAUUGUAUCCAGCAGUCCGGCGCGAUCUUGAUCAAGGUGGCGCAGUACAUUUCCCACCGCAGGGACCUGGUCGGGGAUACGAUCGCCGACAAAUUCUACUAUUUGAGGGAAAACGUGCCGGCGCACAGCUACGCGGAAACGAGAAAGAUUGUGAAGGAGGAUUUUGGUAUCGAUUUGGAUGCGGUUCCUGGCGGUGGUUCGGAUGAGGAGGGUCAACAGAAAACACCGUCGACGCCAACGAACCAUAAUAUCCAUCUCACCGAGUUCGACAAAACCCCCGUCGCCAGCGGCAGCAUUGCGCAGGUGUACCGAGGGAGACUUGCGGAUGACAAUACCAAUGAGGUCGCGAUCAAGGUCCGGCAUCCGAAUGUGGAGAAGCAGGUGGACACGGACUUGAAACUGGUGCAUUCUGUUUGUUCUUUUCUGUCAAGUAUCAAAUGUACAAAUGUCUGGGUCUGGAAGAAUGCAACUUGUGAUGCUGCGUUUGGAUUCCAGAAAAAUCUGUAUUGCAUGAGUACCAAAAGGAAUGUAAUUUUUGCUACGCGGUGAGGGCAUUUGUCAUGCGGAAUAAGCAUCAAGAAGCUCUCAAAAAAUCUGUGAUGCUAGGGCAUGCAUCACAGACAUCAUGGCUCAUGCAGAACGUGCGUGACAAGUGUCAGAAUCUUCCAGACCCAGACAUUUUUCCAGUUGAUAUCAAGGUUUUCUUACUUCGAGUGGAUGGAACUCCCGGUGACCAUGGACGAAUUUCGGAAGGUGUUACUGGAUCAAACGGAUUUGCGAAUCGAAGCGAAAAAUCUGAAAGUCUUCCGGGACCAUUUCGGGAUCACGAAACAAGUAGACAGUCGUGGGGGAACAGAUGAUGAGACGAAGGAACUAGUUUCCGCAGCUACAAUUGUCCCCGACGUGGAGCAGUUCGUCACGUUCCCGGAGCCGAUCGCGGCGACGGAACGGGUGUUGAUCGAAACUUUCGUCGAUGAUGCGAAGCCGAUCUCGUAUUUCAUCGAGAAUCCCUCGUCGUUGAAUGAAGAAAUCGCGAGGCUGGGGAUGCAGACGAUCAACCGCAUGAUCUGGCUGCACAACUUCGUGCACGCAGAUUGUCAUUCGGGGAAUUUGUUUUUCCGAAUAAAAGACCGGAGGAAGGAGCUGCAGAAACAGCGGAAUGUGCUGCUGAGAACCGCCAGUCAGAAGUACAAUGCGGACAGAGCAGCGGGAUCGGAAGAUAGGGCAGCAGGUGGACAACAUACUGCAGUGCCCGGGAUGCGGCCAGCGCCAGGUGGCCAGAAUGCAGAGAUGAGCCCAGGCAGCUCAACUGGAACUGCGAGCACUUCUCCCACCUCGACGUACUUCCAACUUUUCACCAGCCUCGCUUCCAACGCGGCGGAAGCAAUUUCCCUCGAGUUGACGGAUUUGGCCCAGUCCGCGGUGGAAAAAGCGUUUCUGUUCUACGAUGAAAAUUUCGUAAAGGAUGUUCCUCCCUCGGACCAAAUUUUAUCCGCCGCCAGUCGCCUGCAGUCGAAAAUGAAAACGCAAUCUUCUAGUAGCACUUCCAAACACCACCAGCUCCCCAUCGUCGAGCCUCCGGAAAAGCGUUCCCUCCGGUUUUUUCGCAAGAAAGAGCACCGGCAUUUGGACUAUGCAGUGCAAAAGUAACGUAGUAGUAUGAAUUGCAUUACAAAUUUUGGCAAGAAGAAAAGUGGGAUUUGUAAUGCUGUUUUACCGUAGGAGGAAGGUUUGUCAUGCAUAUCUGCAAUUACUUUUACUACGAGUACGAUGCUUUUGCACAGCAUAUGGACAUCCAGAUGGUGAUUUUCGACGUGGGCAUGGUCACCGUCCUUUCCGAGAAGGACAGAAGGAAGUUCAUGAAACUGGUCAAGUCAAUCAUCACCCGGGACAGCAACGGCUGCGCGGAGAUGCUCCGCGGGCUGUGCUCGUACCGGGAACAGACCAGCGCGAAAAUGCGGGAGUGCACGAAGGACAUGCUGGUGUUUUUCGACGAAUUAAACAAGCUCCCACUGCACAAAGUGAACGUCGGGGCGGCGUUGCGGGAAACUCUGAACAUCAUCGCGACACAUAGACUGCAGGUGGAGGGCCAUUUUGCGACGUUGCUGUCCAGUUUGAUCAUUCUGGAGGGGAUGGCGAAAGACUUGGAUCCGCAGAUUAACAUCAUGGCAAGCACCGUGCCGUUCUUGAUGAACCGAGCGGUUGAAACGUUCAUGGAGGAUGGAUGAUAAGUAUCUAUUUUUCAGAGCUGCUGCCAGGAGUAAGCUUCCCAGUGAUGAAUGCUGCUGAUGCAACGUAACAU